AUGAUCACGUGUUAUUCCGGCCAGAAAUUAAUGGAUGAAAGUCAGGAUAUAUUUCAUCGAGCAUACGCAGCAGAAUGGUACAAAUUUUCACCAAGACUAAAAUCACUGCUAAUCAUAACUCUUUACAGAAGUAUUGUGCCGUGUAAACUGACAGCAGGUAAUUUGUUUCCAUUGUCAAUGGCAGUCUUCAUUUCAGUGGUACGAACGGGUGUAUCUUACUUCACAGCAUUCUUAUCGUUUAAAAAUUAA